UUGUCCUUUUUCCGACACUCUUGCCGCGUCUACACAGUUCUUUGUUCGAUCGUUCCUCGUUCGUGUUUUAUACGGUUUUACAAUACACGGUGUUCGGCGAUCGUAAUAAAUAAUAUUACUAUUAAAUAACAUUCUUUUUUCUCGGUUUAUUAUAUUUCUGCCAUUAUUUAAUAAACAAACGUUUGACGACUACACGAGUCGCGUUCCGAAUUCCAAUCCCCCUCCACUCCAUCCCACGUUCACCGUUCAAGUCACGACAAAAGCCGAGUGGCGCAGCACACCCGGCUGUCUACUACCAACCUACUCACUCACCGGCGGCAGAAGUUUUACAAUCUUCUAGUCGAUUGUCCAUAGUCUGCUCAUAAUACAUCUGGAUCAAUACAUAUUGUCUUUGCCUAUUUACGAGAUCACUUGUGUUUAUUAUUUUAAACCAUGAGUCUAAGUAAACCUCUUGUACAUUCUGAAUUAUUUUGUUCAAAACAUACAGACUGUGAAGCACCAAUAUCAGUUAUUACGGAGAUCUUAUCAGGAAAUGGCAAGGAAAAAUUUAGAUUCAUCUCCGAGAAAUUUAACGAAUUAAGGAUUACAAAAGUGAAGGAUUUGGCUAGAUCAAUCGUUAGAAAAGCCGAUAGAGAUACUCUAGCACCGCUUUAUAGAGCUAUAGAGAUAUAUAGUAAACGAAAAUGCCAAGAUUAUCUUAUAAAAUCAGCAAACUCCAAAUUUCAAAAUGAAAAUUUCAUGGAUACGCAAAACAGUAAAGAAUUACUUACAUAUAAACAGACAAGAAUAAAUAUUAUACUACAUAUUGCCAAAUCAUAUUUAAACUGCAAAAAUUAUGAAAAAUGUAUUGAUUGGUUAGAAAAAGCAAAAAAAAUUAAUCCUAAUUGUUCUGAAGUUUUAAGUAACUUAGGAUUGGUCUAUAUGAAAACAUCAGAAUAUGAAUUAGCAAAAGAAAAUUUUUUUGAAGUAUGUUCAAUAAAACCUUAUAGUGUGGAAGCAUGGAGAGAUUAUGGCAACUUUUUAUUUGAGACAAAUGACUUAGACACAGCUGAUUUGUGUUAUGUACGUGUCUUAAGUAUAGACCCCAAAUUAUAUGAAGUACGUAAUGAGUACGGAAAACUAUUAAUAAAAUUGAACAAAAUAAAAGAAGCUAAAAAGGAAUUUAAGAUUGCCCACAACAUUGCAGAAAAAUGUCCAGUUACUUUAAAAAAUUUAGCAGAUGUUUAUUAUAAGUGCGGUAAAUUUAGAAAAUCUAUUUUGAGAUAUAAACAAGUCUUAGAAAUAGACCCCAAGGAGUCAAAUGUUUAUUAUUUUUUGGGAAUGUCCUAUUUAAAAGUAGAAGAGUACCAAAACGCAUUGAAUGCAUUUAUACAAGCAAAAGCGCAAGAACCUGAAAAUGUGCAUAUAUUAAAGAAAUUAGCGCUUACAUAUUAUCGUCUAGAUAAUAUGAAAUUGUGUACUGAAACAUAUAAGGAAUGCUUAAUACUUAUACCUGAAGAUUAUAAGGUGAAUUUAGAUCUGGCUCUAUUAUAUUUAUUCAACACUAAAGAUUACCAAGAAGCAAUAAUAUAUCUUAAGAAAUGUAUCCAGUUACAUCCAGAUGACAUAGACCUGUACAGAAAGCUUCUUCUGGCAUACAUCAAUUCUAAUGAUGAUUUAAAUGCAUCUGAUGCUUGUAUGUCAAUAGCGGAUUUGUUUUUGGAAAAGGAUGAACUAAAUAAUGCAAGAAACGCGUUCUGUCUCGCGGCAUUAAUGGGGAAUGCAUUUGGUCAUUGGAAAUUAGCCCUAACCUCAUUAUAUGAUCCGAGACAUUUGGAUUUGGCUCUUCAAAAGUUUAAGAAAGCUGUUCAGUUAAAACCAAACCUAAUCAAUGGCAUGAUGUCGCUCUCAAGUGGCAUACAAGAGAUUAAGGAUAAGAUGCAGUGGUGUUCUUCAUGGUGGUGUCCGAAACAUGGAUCUCUUAAAGAAGACUUUAUGCCAUACUUAAAUCCAGAGACACCCGAAGAAGAAAAAAAAGCACUUAGUUUGGCAAUUAAACGCCAGAAGCAUUGGAUUACCAAAACUAAGGUCAAAUGUUGCGUGUUCGAUUGGAAAUCAGGGACGGACAGACAUUCGGUGCCGCCAGCUUCCUAUUCCAAAUAUUUAAGGGAUCUGAUGAAGGCUGGUGACGGUAGUGUACAAAGUGGACAUAGUCAGGCGCAUGUGGCAGCAGCAAUCCCCUUUUUACAUAAUUUAGAAGAAAUACUAAAGGAAAAUAUAGUAUAGUCAAGUAGGAGUCCAUAAUUAAGAUUUAUUCAUAAGAUUUUUCAUGUUUCAUCAGCUGAAGAAUAUUAAUUACCUCAUUACCUUAUAAAUUGUAUAUCUUUAAAUAAAAAUAAAAUCU